AUGUCGGCUCUUCGAGCAAGAUUAACUUCGGCUCUAUUAACUCGACGUUUAUUGAAUCAGACAGUAAACAGUUCAAAACAUUUAAACGGAGUUAAAGUGUACAAACAGAAUGUGCCAAGUUCAGCACUGUAUCAGAUCAAAAGCCAGCAGAAUCAAAAGGAAAUCCAGAAAAAAAAAGAGUUUCAGGCCGAAACACGAAUGCUACUUGAUAUUGUAGCAAGAUCUUUAUACUCCGAUAAAGAGGUAUUCAUUAGAGAACUUAUAUCAAAUGCUAGUGAUGCAUUGGAAAAGUUCCGGUACUUAAGUGUGAGCUCAGCAGCGGAAUCUCUACAGUUAGAUAAUACUGAUAGAUCACUUGAAAUAAGGCUCACUACUGAUAAACAAAACAGAACCCUAGUAUUUCAAGAUUCUGGAAUUGGAAUGACAAAAGAGGAAUUGAUCCAGAAUUUAGGUACAAUAGCAAGAUCUGGUUCAAAAUCAUUCAUUGAGGAGGUUAAGAAAAAAGGAGCUGACGAAGCGAGUUCCAUUAUUGGACAGUUUGGUGUUGGCUUCUACUCUGCAUUUAUGGUUGCUGAUAAGAUUGAAGUGUUUACUAAGAGUAGUAAAACUGGAUCUCCAGGAUACAAAUGGACUUCAGACGGGUCUGGAACCUAUGAGAUUCAAGAAGUGGAUAAUGCCCCAAUUGGAACAAAAAUUGUUGUAUACCUCAAAACAGACUGCAGGGAAUUUGCUGAUGAAGAAAAAGUUAAAACAAUAAUUAUGAAAUACAGCAACUUCAUUGGUAGUCCAAUUUAUUUGAAUGACACACAAGUUAAUUCUAUAAAGCCACUCUGGUUAAUGGACCCCAAAGAGGUGACACACGAACAACACAUUGAGUUUUACCGAUUCGUGGGCAAUUCGUACGACAAGCCGCGAUACACACUUCACUAUAAAACAGACGCCCCUUUAAGUAUACGGGCAAUAUUGUAUGUCCCGGAAGGAAAACCGGGAUUGUUUGAGCUAUCGAGAGAUUCUGACGUUGGAGUUGCUUUGUAUUCACGAAAAAUUUUAAUUAAAAGCAAGGCAGAAAAUAUUUUACCCAAGUGGUUGAGAUUCGUUAAAGGUGUUGUGGAUUCCGAAGACAUUCCUCUUAAUUUAAGUAGAGAGUUACUACAAAAUAGUGCGUUAAUUGCAAAACUUCGACAUGUCCUCACAAAUCGUUUCCUCAAAUUCAUGGUUGAGAACUCGCAGAAAGAUCCCGUUGGAUAUGAUGCGUUCUACAAGGACUACUCCUUGUUCUUCAAAGAAGGGAUUGUCACAGGUCAAAGUCCUCUAGAAAAGGAAGAAAUAGCAAAACUACUUCGUUUUGAAUCUUCUAAACUGGAAAGUGGUGUAAAGACAUCUCUUGCCGAUUAUAGUGCCAGACAGAAGAAUGAGCAGAAGAGUAUAUAUUAUUUGGCUGCUCCUAGCCGUGAAUUAGCCCAGUCUUCCCCAUACUAUGAAUCUCUCAAGAAGCGAGAUGUUGAGGUCCUUUUCUGUUAUGAGAUGUAUGAUGAACUGGUUCUAUUGGAACUCAAGGAGUUCAAUGGAAGAAACCUUGUCUCCGUGGAAAACGAUAUGCAAAAGGACCCUGCUGAAAACUCAGAUACUAUUAUUGGUAGCGAUGACCUACAACAGACCCAAGUGAAUGACCUGCUUUCAUAUUUAAAGUCACAUUUAACAGGCAAAGUGUUUGAAGUGAGAACAACCCAAAAGUUAGAUUCUCAUCCCUGUGUAAUAAUUGUACCGGAAAUGGCUGCAGCUAGACAUUUUAUAAGAACUCAAGCUCAAAAUCUUAGUGAAGAAAAUAGAUUUGCACUUUUGAGACCACAAUUGGAGAUAAAUGCAAAGCAUCCAAUAAUCAAAAAACUCCACAAGCUCAUUUCAAGUGACAAGGAGCUGGCAAAUAUGAUUGCACAACAGCUGUUUUCCAAUGCUAUGGUCACCGCAGGAUUAGUUUUGGACCCAAGAAAUCUGAUCACAAACAUAAAUGAACUUCUUAUUAAGGCUUUAGAAAAACAUUAA